AUGAGCAGGUCGCCACCCAAACACGCCACGACGGGGUUCGUGAUCGACCUGAGCACAAUCGUGAGUACGAGCAGGUCAGGCGAUAAAACUCUUCUUCCCGGCUCCAGAGAAGCGAUCGCUGCGCUGCAGGAGAAGGACGUGCCCUUCGUCAUCGUUUCUCGAGACACCGGCAUGACCGAGAAAGAAGUAGCCAAGGAUCUAGAAAAGAAGUUCAAUAUCGAAGUCAGGCCGUCGGCUGUUGUCCUCCCGCAGACCCCGUUCCGCGACCACGUGGCCGAGUACAAGGACAAAACCGUGGUCAUCAUCGGCGGCGACGGGGAAAAGGCCCUGAAGAUCGCCUCCAGGUACGGG